AACCUGCGGACAGGGCGGACCCGCGUGGCGCACGCAGAGCCACUUCCGGGCGCGGCGCCGGCUUGCUGCCAGUGUCCUGCCAUGGAAGACACGCCGUUGGUGAUAUCGAAACAGAAGACGGAGGUGGUGUGCGGGGUCCCCACCCAGGUGGUGUGCACGGCCUUCAGCAGUCACAUCCUGGUGGUGGUGACUCAGUUCGGGAAGAUGGGUACCUUGGUCUCCCUGGAGCCCAGCAGCGUGGCCAGUGACGUCAGCAAGCCUGUGCUCACCACGAAAGUCCUUCUGGGGCAGGAUGAGCCUCUCAUCCAUGUCUUUGCAAAGAACCUGGUAGCAUUUGUGUCUCAAGAAGCUGGAAACAGAGCAGUCCUCCUCGCCGUGGCUGUGAAGGACAAAAGCAUGGAGGGGCUGAAGGCGCUGAGGGAGGUGAUCCGGUUGUGCCAGGUGUGGUGACCUGGAGGCAGCUGCCCCGUGCUGCUCAGCAGGACACGUGAGGACCCAGACACCCACUCAGGGACUCAAAUCUCGCCUCCCUCCCCGGUGGAGGGAGGAACUUUGUCUGGCACUAGCCCUUGGAGCCAGGAAAAAAAUAUUCGUGUCUCAGGCAGACUCUUACUCUGGUUACUAAGAUCAUCUGUGCAUGACAGGGAGGGUGGAACGGGUGCCAGAGGAGUGGUGAAUGGAUCUCACUGGGACCUGAAACGUGCUUGUGGUUGAGAAUUGGAGGAAUGAGUCAGCAGGCGUGGCUCAUGCCCCCCCGUGUACAGGAUCAAUUGUAGGAGGAAAUUUCUUUUUUAUUAAAAGCGAAUGUGUAUCCCAAAA